GAUUCUCUGGUAAAUACACAGGAAAUGAACUGACGGAGUUCAAGGAAAAGACGGAAAACUUACUCAUCAGCUACGCAGUGGCGUUUUUCGCAGCAAUCGUCAUUGUCAACAGUCUGGUGUGUUUCAUCAUCUGUAUUUCAUCUAACAUCGCUCACCUUCGGGACAACCGGUUUGCAACACUGAACGCCUACGGAGCAGAGGAAGUGCGCAACUCAAAGCAUUCCGUGCUGGACACAAACAUGUAGUCUUCUCUCGUCAACAUCCGAGGGUGUAGCUGCUCGGUUUUGCCAUCAGACAUCAUGUGACCGGCGUCGGAGCACGACCUACAUCUCAUCGUCAACUGCUUUGUUUGCGUCUUUUUGCUUGGGCCCUCGGUGGCAGGAUCUUGGGUGGAGAAAAAGAUCAAAUGAUCAACUGUUACUUUUGUGUCACUUUUCUACAAGUUCGGAUUUUAGAGAAAGUAAUGCAACCCAAGCGUAGAUAAAUAGCUUCCUUUCUAUCUUUUCCAUGUGUAACCUGUUGAAUUCAAUUCAUGAAACAACGGUACACAUGUCUACAGUAUGUGCAGUUGUCAACUUGUAUAACUAGGAAUUGUAUAGGCCUACUUACUAUUUCUUUUUAAGAAAAAAAAAGUACAAAUGAAAAGGGUUCAUAUUCCAGAAAGACGGAGAAGCAAAAGUUUUGAAAUACAUGGAGAGCUCCAUUGGAUCAUGAUCUGGGCAUGGCCUGACCUCAAGAGCUUCAAGGGGGGGGGGGUUACUCUUUUUCUGGCGUGGCUUCCCCCUACUCCAACACUCUCUGAUCUUUCCUCGCUGAUCUGCCCUGUAGAGGCGGAUAUUUCAAGACAUUGUGGUCUUAUCAGAGGAUCAGCACUCCUUGAUGGACAAACAUGAAUUUAUGUGAAACCCGGAACUUGGCAGAAUUUUGUUCAUGAUAUUGUUUUUCUGAAGAUCUGUAUCCUGCGACAAACAUCCGUUGUUUCUAUAGUAGGCGCCACAUCACGGUUUUCUCACAUUUCAUAAGGGAUGGGGGGUUGGUUUUUUUAAGGUAGCCAUACUUAUGUAUCAGUUUUCUUAUUCAAAUUAUUCAAAUCAUAGAAUCAUGUAUAUUUUCUACUGGCUUUUAAUUCUCUUUACCUUUUUAACAUCUUGACAAUUCUUUGAAUGUAUGAUCUUUGAGAAUUUCUCAGUAAGCAAAGUGUCCCCAAUAUCCUGUCUUACUUCAAGGACUUUAUUUUGUCACUGCUUUCAGUCUUACUAAUGUUACUAAUCUCGUAAAAUCUUCAAAACAGCAUCAAGAUUAGAAGCUGUUUAAGCCAGAUUUCAAAGUAAGCACCAAUAAUGACUUCACUUGGGAGCAGCCUAGUAGCAUUUAGAUCAGAUAUAGAAAUACAGACAGAGAGAAAGAUGCAGUGAGGUGUGCUGACAAAAUUAGUUACUUCUCAGAUUUAGGUUGUUAUGGAAAUUGAUUCAUCAACUUUAUGGGUGAAGUUUGUACAAUUUGUAAGUAUGGAAGAAUGAAAGACUCAGUAAAAUGGCAUCAAUUGAAAAUCUAUAAAUCUGACCCCUGUGUCGAUUUUUGGACCAUAUCUCCAUUCUUGGAUUGCGAGACGUAACUCAUUUAGUCAGCACGCCUCACAGAUGUACUUUUUCAGUCCUGUUAUACCACAAGGUGUCGAGGUAGGUGUAACUGUAAGAUGUGGGUCAGGUGCACUGUCGCGGAGAUGGUUCAUAAUCGUAAGAGGAAAAAAUGAGGGGACUGUUCUCAGUGACCCAUUGGUUAUGAAAUGCUUAAGUAACACCUCUCUUUUGUUAUAAGAAAAGAAUAUUUUGUAUCAAGGGAUGGACAUUACUGGCUAUUUGUGCAGUAAGGUUUUCUCAUUAGGUUUUUUGUUUUCCCUUCUUUAUGAAUGCAAGCCAGUGAAGAUAAUAGGCAGCCACUCUGUGUUUUGACUCUCAUACUUCUGCUCUGAUUCAUCCAUUUCUCUUUUGGCCGCUGUGUCUGUUUUCAUUAAUAAGAAUCUCUGUGCAAUUUGAAUGUGCAUAAAAAAAACAAGAGUUCAUAGUAGAACGUUAUGUGUUUUUUAAAGAGAUGGUGCAGAUUGGAAGAGGAAUCUCAUGACAGUGAAAAUUUUCAUCCUUUAACAUUUGACUUGUCGGGAUUUUUUCUUAAACUUCAUUGUUUUAAGUGGCAAAUGCUAUCAUGCAAUACUUGUUGUAAACUGCUUCAAUAUACCCAAGCAUCAUACUGUCUUACUCGGCUUCAUGCACCCAUUACCAUCUAUGUGUUAAACAAACUUAUGCUUGUCUGUCAUUUCAUAUUCAAAUGAUGCCAUUGUCCGUGCAUUCUUCAUGCAUCCAGCGGUCCAUAAAUAUUUCUGUAAGUGUUGUACAAUUCAAUUCUUUCUAAGAGCUACGAUGUUCAAUUACAUUAUAAUGAAUAUUUGGAAUUAUAGACUAUUAUAUAUGUCGAGAUCAGAAGUUACCAUACAUGAAAGUUGAAAUUGUAAAUGUUUUAUUUUUUUUUAUAUAACAUUUGUCGUAGUGUUUCGGAUAGAAAAAGAUCAAACACGAGAAAAUUUCACCAAAGUGAGAAGAAUUCAGUGACUUACCAAACAAAUACAGUGGCCGUACAACCAAUUAUAGUCAAGAUUUGAAACAAAUUACAACUUUGCCAUAC